UAUACCGUUGAGUGGGUAAACAAGUAUUUGGUGAUUAAAUUUCAAGUUUUUACAAUUUAGUUCUAAUCAUUCGAUUGAAUUCCUUGGAAUAGCUCAAUAUAUUUAAGUCAGAACUAGUAUAGACCGAGUGAAGUUAGUUUCCACUUUCCAAUGAAAGAGGAAAAACAGUUGUUUCAUUUAUUUUCAAUUCAAAUUUCUUGACAAAUAAAAAUUCUACAAAGUUGCAUUCCAGUAUUGGAAUGAGAACAGUAAGAUAUUGUUGCAAAGCUAGUGAAUCAAGUUCAAACGGUAUUCAGUACAUUUUUUCAAGUAAAAAAGCAUCUUGUAGUUACGCAUUUUUAAUUAAGUUUAACUUCUUUUAAACCAAAUUUCUGAAACUGCAUAUUGCAUAUUCCUGGAUUACUGCAGAUUUAUACACUCAACGUUCUAUUUUUGUUCAAAUAUUAUUGAAAAAGACCGCUUGAGUUUGUUCAGAACAACUCAUCAUUUACUUCUGCUCAGCAACACAACGUUAACUUUCGCCAUUUUUCCUCGUAUAUUUUAACUGAUUAGUUUAAUCCAUUUCGCGUCAACUAAUCGAAAAAAAUGUAUGUAUUUUUGGUUAACUUUUGUUUCAUGUUGGUUUUUAAUUACUCUUUUCUACUUGCUGAUAAAAACGAGUCUCUGUCUUCGAUGAAAAACAAUCCAAGAAGAAAAAGAAGUGUCUCAUUACAUCCAAAUAAUUUCAUCACCCAGUCUCCCGAUAACAAGGCUCACUAUAACAAAUACAUGCAGCCGGAAAAGCCUAGACUAACAUUUGGAUUCCACAUUGAGAAGAUGCGAACAGUUUCUGAGAUUGAGAAAACGUUCUCUUUUGAUGCAAUUGCAACGGCCAGCUGGAAUGAUCGUCGCCUGCGAGAUUAUCUCUCCAUUAGUCCGGAAAGUUGGACGUAUUCGUCUGAGAUAGAGCUCAAAGCUGAUCUUUUGGACGAUAUCUGGCACCCGGAUAUCAGUUUUGACCCAUUAGUUUCAUUCGAGCAAUCAAAAGCCAGCAGUAAGGUGUACCUGGGAAGGAAUGGAGAGGUUAGGGUGUCUAAAUUUGGAAGGUACACUUUCUCGUGUGAUAUGGAUCUGCUGUUUUUCCCAUUUGAUCGACACAAGUGUGCGAUUUUGAUUGGUGCCUACAAAAUUGAUAUCGACACUGGCAUAAUGUUCAACAAUGUGGAGCAACAAUUCUCCAUGAAACCCGAUCAAGUCAUCGGUAACCUUCAGUUUGACAACCUGGAUUACGCGAGGGAUCACAUAAGUAACGCUGCUGGAAACGAAGAAUUUACAUAUUAUAUGGAGCAUGCUCUGGUUUUGCGAAUGAGUCGCAACCCAUUGUACUAUAGCCUCACCCUUUUUGUGCCAAAUAUGGUCCUGACAGCAUUAAGCUGGUCUGUGUUGUGGAUGGAUCCUUCCGCUUUGCCUGAGAGAGCCAGUAUCUGCAUCGCACUCAUCUUGGCACAAACCAUUCUCAUCAUAGGCGAGGAGCAGAGCUUUCCACAGUCGACCGACUUCAAGAUAAUCGAUGGUUAUCUGAUUGUGAACUUCUUGUUGAACGUGGCUUCUUUGGUCGAGACUCUUGUGGCCUCUUGUGCAAUGAAAAAUUUCAUAGCAAAUAAAAAGCAAGAAGCAGUUAGGCUGAAGACCUUCAAAAACAACAAACAGAACGCAGCCUCUGGACUAGCGAAACCAGAAAAUGGAACAUCUGCAGACGUGUUUGAAAACUACCAUAGUGAGCCCACUUCAGACCCUCAAAGUAUUGAAAUUGUUGGUCAAAAACAAAACUCAGAUCCAAUAUCGACUGUGGAUGGUACCGAUAAAAUCAGCAGAAUCUUGUUCCCAAUUUCUUUUGUCGUGUGGAAUGUUUUGUUCUUUGCUCUAUGCAAAUACUUCUCGGAUCAAAACUACAAUAAAAAUGAACCGCAGCCAAACCUUACUUAGUUCUAAGACUAUCCAGGAAUAAGUAAGUAAAAUUGAGAAACUUGUCAUAAAUUCAAGCAAUAGCUUGAAUCAAAUUUGAAACACAGCGCAUGAGAAAAAUGUAUGAUUAAACGUUAUGAAAAUAAUUUCGAGUAUUCGCAAUAAUCCAUCUGGUAUAAAAUUGAGCGUUUUCAAAGAGUCGAAACUGUUUUAAAAGUGUGAGUGUGGGACUGGGAA